AUGUAGUAAGAUGACAGAUUGAGACCAGUUAGGGUCCAGUUAACAAAGUUUUUCUAAACAAAGAGAAGUUCAAAAUUAAAGAAAGUGAAGACUUGUAGUUUUCCUUUUAUUACUUUGUUCAGUUGCUGUUAUCGCAUAAUCUGCAGAAAGAAGAGGAGAGAUUUGUACAUGUCUAUGAACAUAUCACAUCCCCCUGACACACUGAUGUAUGUUGAAACAUUGGUGUCUCAUUUCAUCCAAAUUCUGCUGAAAAUCGAAAAAGAUGUAGAGGAACAUCAGUCAAAGUUGUAUCAUUUCCUUGACACUCUGCAGUGGGUUGAAGAGAAAUGGGGUUCAUUCCGUAUGUGCUCAGACAACAACCAUCUGAGUUGGAUUGAAGACCAAUGGUAUUCAUUCGAUUACAAUAUAUUCACAGAGGAACCUUAUAAUAUCCUGACAACUCUCCAGCGUUUUGUACAGGCAAGCCAUAUGUUUUUAGAGGGAUUUCACUUUUCCAAGGAGUCUCGUCCUCCUGACACACCGCAGAGGCUUGAAGAGAAAGACCUUUUGUUUUCAGCCAAGUACCUGCCAAUAGUAUCUCAUUUAUCUAAAACUCUGCAGCAGAUGGAGGAUGAAUGCAAUUCAUUCUUCGUUGAAUAUCUGUUUGCACAGGAACUUGAUACCCUUAGCGUUCUGCAACGUAUUGAAGAAUAUUGGGGCUCAUUCCGUAUGUAUUUGGAGGAAUUCAGAUCAAAAGUGUCUGAUUUCCUUGAAAUUUCACAAGAACGUAUGUCUUUGUUAGAUAGACUGAGGUUCCUUAAAAGGGAUUUCAAGUUCCUGAGUAUCAUUAUCGAAUUGCAUAUCUUCAAAGAUGAACCACAUGUAAGCUGGGAAAAAGUCCGAGCAUUGUUCCACGGUGCUACAGAUGAACUCAUCCAGAUGUACAGUACGGAAGUAAGUCCGUGGAGUCAACAAUUUUAUGACUAUUUCUGCCACUUGCAAUAUGAGUUGCAGCAGACCAAGUUGGAAAUCAUUAAGGCUAAUUUCCCCUUUCCCAAAAUAUCAGCCAAUGAGGAUGGUAUUGUGAUUCCCGGUUUUGUUAAGAAAUUUAUUGACAGUGUUGCUGAUAAUAUCAGUAAUUCACUGAAAUUUGAUGAUCCAAGUUCACCACUUUGUAUUGGGGGCCGAAGCAUGGUUCAAAUAGAAAUGGUUUUGAAGGGGUUGAAUUUCCUCUCUAGUUUUGUCUGCUUUGUUUCAGAUAGAUGCAUAGAGACUCGGGUCCAACAUGCUUUGUUCACUCAUGUUGUACAAGUGGCCUGGCAAACAACUAUGGCUACGUGGUUGUAUCUUCCGAGCAAUGAAUACAUGUAUCAAGACACAGCUCCGGACGAAGAGAAUCCUUUGCUUUCUGAUCUUCUGAAGAGCAAAAUCCAGCCUAUUCAGUCAAGCAUAUGCAAGUUCUACUGUCAUAUCCUGCAAGCUCUAAAUUUAGUUCAGUCACAAUGGUAUCCCGUUAUCAAUGUUAAGUAUGUAUUCGAUUGUGAAGUUGGGUUUCUGGAGUCUCUUCGACGUACUUUAAAAGGAUUACCAGUCUCUAGUAAUUGCAUUGCAAUAAAGGCAGAACUUCGGGAGACGCUCAACUUCUUCGGAGAUACUCUAGUCAAUCUACCAACACAGGUCAUUGAACUUCAUCUUCAGGAUAUAGACUUUUCAAUUGUUGAUGCAGGACUUCUGGUUUUCUCAUUAAAUGAUGAUAAUGAGAAUCUUGAUUUCACGGGAAAAAUCCAAAGUAUGCAAAGUGUGAUCUACCUCAUCGCUAGAAAGAAAUUCCUCCUUCAGUUCAACUUACCUGGAAUUGACAGAGUGGACUCUGCUGAUUUCAUUUUAGACAACAGGGAGAAGUUUCUGAGCAUGUAUUCAAAUUCAGUUGAUUCGGUUCAAAGCCAGCUUCCGAUUAUUUAGAAAGAACUCAAGUUCUUUCAAGCUGUCGUAGAACAGCAAGACGGACUUCAACAUUUUGCAAAGAAGACUACUCAUUUGGUGUUUGAGGUAGAACAUAUGGUUGAUACUUGUAAGAAAAAAGAUGUUCCUGACUGGUGUCUUUUUAUCUGGAUCUUGAACAUCGGUGAGGAUAUUAGAAUGCUCAUGGCAGAGGUAGCAGAGAUUCCUAAUGAGUUACUCUCAUCUCCAAACAAGCUAACUUCAUUUGUGCAGUUAGUUCUCAAGGGAUUCGUUCGGAUCUUUGGUGUUGCUUCUUCACAAUUUGCUAGUAAACAAAGGAUCAAUGAAGAAAUAGUAGGCUUUGAGGAUGUGAAGGAUGAACUGAUAGGAAAACUAAAAGGAGGAUCAUCAGGCCUUGAUGUAAUCUCAAUUGUUGGAAUGGCUGGAUUAGGCAAAACUCUGGCUAACAAGCUAUAUUCUGAUGAGUCAGUUGUCUCUUAUUUUGACAUCCAUGCCCAUUGCUGUGUCUCUCAAGAAUAUACGCGGAAGGACUUAUUACUAUCCAUUCUAAGCAAUAUUACUGAUGAAAGAGCUAAACUUAGAAGAGAGACUGAAAAUGAAUUGGCAGAUAAACUUCGCAAACUUUUAAUGCGCAAGAGAUACCUUCUCCUCAUUGAUGAUGUUUGGGAAACUAGUGCAUGGGAUGAUCUAAAGUUGUGCUUCCCUGAAGAUAACAACGGAAGUAGAAUCAUUCUGACAACUCGGCAUUAUGAGGUCGCUUCUCAUGCUAAACAUGAUAGUGAUCCCCAUAAGCUUCGAUCUCUCAAUAAUGAUGAAAGUUGGAUGUUAUUAAACAAAAAGGUGUUCAACAACGAAAGUUUUCCUUUUAUUCUAAGAGAUGUAGGCCAAGAAAUAGUAAGAAAGUGCGACGGGCUUCCUCUUUCAAUUAUUCUGGUAGCUGGUAUCCUCAUAAGAAUGAAGAAGGAAAAAUAUUGUUGGGAACAAGUGGCAACAAAUUUAGGUCCAAACAUUCAGGAUCAAAUGGAGGGUACUCUUGAUCUGAGUUAUCAGAAUUUGCCACCCUAUUUGAAACCAUGUUUUCUGUAUUUGGGAGUAUUCACAGAGGAUGAAGAGAUUCAAGUCUCAAAGUUAACAUGGUUGUGGAUAGCGGAAGGCUUCAUAAAACCUCAUACGGGGAAGACUUUGGAGGAAAUCGCAGAAAAUUACUUGGAGAAUCUUGUUGGGAGAAACCUUGUGAUGGUUGGUAAAAGGAGUUUUAAUGGAAGGACCAAGACGUGUUGCAUUCAUGACCUGGUGCAUGAAUUUUGCAGGAAGAAAGCCAAGUUGGAGAACAUUAUACAAAGAAUAAAUGGAGAUGCAGGUUCGGAUCCUACUCAAUUCUUCCCUCCAAAAUGCAAUACUUCACGUCGCUUAUCUCUUCAUUCUCAGUGUGAUGAUCUUGCAAAAUGGUGUUUGUGUUUCUCCAAUUUGAAAUAUCUCCAGUUCAGGGAGUCUAGAAGAACUGCAUUCUCUUCAAUAGACCGCACAUCAGUCAUUCAAAAAAGGUUCAAAUUUCUGAGGGUGUUAGAUUUUGAAUUCACUAUCAUUGAUUCUUUCCCACAAGAAUUGAUCCUUUUGAGGUAUAUUUCUUUUCGGACCGACAAUGAUACAGUAUCCCUCCCAGCCAAUCUUUGGAACCUUGAAACUUUGAUAGUUCAAGGAACUAGAGGACGGAUAUCAUUGCCAGAAACCAUUUGGAAGAUGGUUAAGUUGCGGCAUCUGCAAAUAAACGACCAAGCAUUGUUCACUUUGCAGAAUGAACAGGAAUUCAUAGAAAGCCCUUCAGAAAUGGAUGAUUUGCAAACUCUUUCCUCAGCAUAUUUUUCUUGUGCAGAAAGUGCUGAUAAGAUAUUGGCUAAGACACCAAAUCUUCGGAGACUGACAUGUGAAGUUUCUGCAUUUGAUGACUCAUUUACUGCAUUUAACAAUCUUGCAAUGCUCGAAAUUCUCAAGAUUUCUUCUGGUGCUGCAUUGACAUCAGUCGAUUAGCUGAAGCUCCCGUCACACCUCAAGAAAUUGACACUGUCCAAUUUCCACAUAAAUCUAAAUGAAGUCACAACUCUUUCAAAUCUUGAGGUACUCAAACUGCUACGAGUUUCCAUUAGUUCCAAUACAUGGAAAGUGAACGAUGAGCAGUUCAGCAAACUCAAAUUCUUGAAACUAGAAAAUUUAUCUUUUUCAGAAUGGGAUGUCUCAUAUGAUGCUUUUCCAUUCCUUGAACACUUGGUAUUGAAAAAAUGUCGAUAUCUUGAGGUGAUCCCUUCUUGCUUCGGAUACAUGUCUUCCCUGAAAUCCAUUGAGGUAAAGUCAUGCAAAGAAUCACUCGCCGACUCUGCAAUGGUCAUCAAGGAAAUGCAAGUUGAAGACAUGGGAUUUUCUGAUUUUGAGGUCAUAAUCCACAGAACAGAUCAGCAAUGCUCCAACACUCGGUCUGGAAUUACUUAUCAGAUUUGAAGGACUUUUAUCAGCUGAUGCCGUUGGAAGAUCAAUAAACUUAUAUAUGAUGUAUCAGUUGAAUGACUGGUGAUAUCACUUGUGAUAUUCUGCAACUCGUUUAAGCUUGCUCUAUACUUUCAAUUAAAGAGAUGGGUAGAACAUAUCAAAUGUUAUAUUAUUAGAGUAAUAAAAAUAUGGUAAAAUUACAUCA